AUGGAUGCUGCCGAGAUCGUCCGCCGGGCCCUGGGCUCUAUCGCCGAACGAAGAUCUUCACAGCAACACCUACAACAGCAGCAGCAACAACAACAACAACAACUACAAGCUACGCCCUCCUACUUCCCCUUUCCGACCCAACAUCAACACGCCGUACACAGACCUCCCGCCCCUCGUCCCCAACGCCGCGAUGCCUCCAACCUAGGAUACACGUUGACGGCAUGCUGCAGAUGUCGCCAGCGGAAAACCAGAUGCGGUACCUCCUUACCUCGAUGUAUGCCCUGCGAGCGAGCAGGCGCCGUUUGCGAAUACUGGGACUCGACCCUGCAAAAGAAGGUCAGCCGUUCUUACGUUGUCAAGCUACGGGACAAGCUGCGCCGCCUUACCGACGAACUCGCUCAGUUCAAGACCGAUGAAGCAGACCCACAGGAUCGCCGACAAAGUCCCGAUCUAUCUAGCAGCCUGGUGCGACCCAACGUUAGCGAUGAGAUCUCUUACUGGUUUGGGCCCAGCAGCGGUGUCGGCCUGCAGAGAACAUUGAUGGAAGAGGCUAAGCGCUACAUGGAAUCCGAGUCGUUUACGAAUCUGCUAUCCGAAAGCGUUACGAGGCGAGUCGACAGGGCAACCCGUAUGCAGAGCAUCUCGACCGGGCGCAAGAAAAGCUACCCCUUGAUCAGCGAGAUUCCAGUUCAGCAAUUGCCCAAGCGCGCCGCAGCCGACAAGCUUCUCGAAGUCUACAUCCAGCGAGCCCAGAUAUGGGCACCGAUCCUCCACGAAAAGCUCCUGGAGGAACACGUAAACAGUGUGUACGACGGCGACACGGACCCCUACAAGAGGUUUGUCGUGCACAUGGUGUUUGCUAUAGGUUUGCGCAAAUUGUCGUCGCAGUACGCCGGUCUUGCCGACAGUUUCUACAUCGCCGCUACCGAGUACUUCUGGCAGGUCAUACAGCCCCGAGACCUCAAAUCGCUACAAUCUAUCAUUCUCCUCGCUCAGUACUACCUCUUGUGCCCCUACAAAGCACCUGGCUACUACAUUGCUGGACUGGCGACUAAGCUUUGUCAGCAGCUGAACAUCGUGGACGAACAGACUAUUUCCUCGGGGGUUGACGAGCAGACCCUCGAUAUGCGAAGACGGCUGGCUUGGGUAACCAUCAACAACGAAUUGGGUCUGGCUUACAUCACUGGACGACCAAACGGCUUUUCCAAGAGUCAUGAUGCCAUCAACCUCAAGUUUUUUGAGAGCCGCUCGGAUGAAAACAUUACUGAGCAUGGCAUCAAAUCGGGGCCUCCUUGUGUGAGAAAACUGGUGGCCAUACACUUCUGCAAGAUGACUCUCUUGCAAGCCGAAAUACGACGAGUCUUGUAUGAGCAAACCAUGCCCAAUGUCAACAGUGAAGAACAUUCCUGGGUUGCAAAAAUGCAGAAAAGGCUGGAGGAGUGGCGUGAUUCUGCUCCUGAGAAGGCCGAGCCAUGGUGCAAAACCUUGUUUGCCUUCUAUUUCCACAAUAUGAUGAUCUCUCUGUAUCGACCAUCGCCGCAAAUACCAGACCCAUCUGCUACAGCCGCCGCAAAGUGCUACGACGCGUCCCGCCAAGUCAUCGAGCUUUCAAGCACACAAAUCAAGGCAUCGGCCGUCGACAUCACAUACAUUUUUCUUUCGACAAUCCACACGGCGUUGAGUACUCUGCUGUGGUCCGUUUCAUACGCCGAAGUUCGAGCCGAUCACUCCGCAGAUGAAGUCAAGGAUAUCACCGAGACAGCCUUGGAGAUAUUUGAUCAAUGCUCCGAAUUCUUGCCAGAACCCCAAGCCGUUUCGGAAUUUUACGACGUCUUGAUCUCGGUCUCUCUACGCCGCUAUCACAUCAAAGAAGAGCCCAUCACUCCGACUCCAGGCAUUCAGCAUUUGCCCAACGCGAAUGGAUUUGGUCAGCCUGGGUUGCUCAAUUCCACCAUCUCCAGCCCGGACAUGUUCGCAACGCCGCAAAUAACGCAAACGCCUCAGGACAAGGGGACACCAAUUUUCCGGGCACCCAGCUUUCGUUAUGUUUUCGACGGCACUCCCGAGCAGGAACCACCAACAGAUCUUCACAACUCUCCAUUCCGCCCUUCUCAACCCAUGUUCCGCUCCAACUCGAUUUUUGGAAGUCCUUCGACGGAUCCCGGCCGCCGUCUCUCGAACUGGGCGCCCGAAACCACCUCUGUUAACCACAAUGCCUCGGUAGACGCCCAAGGGCCACCAUCAGGCCGUUUCGAACCGUCGAUAUCACCCCCAACCGACCCCUCCACCCCAAUCGCCAUGCCGGGAGCAUUCAACCCACCUACAACCCUCCCGCCAACACCACUACAACACAUCCCCGUCAACACGCUCCCAAUAACGACUGAGCCCCUAACCGCCUACCACCUCGCUCCCAGCCCAGCGAUGCCCCUCCCCCAACCAGCACCGCCGCUAAUACCGACAACAACAGCCCAACAAGCCUGGUUCAACCCCCCGCCACCCCUCCUUUCACCACACACGUUCUCCUCAAGCAGAGGCAGCAUCUCUCUCUCCGGAAACGCAAACGACGUCAUGCUCAACCCCGGCCUUGGCCUCUGGCUUACCCGGUUCAGCGAUAAUUACUCGCUCAACCGCGGCCCACCGCCUACUUCCAAUGGAUGGGGACCAGCUUGGGCUACCAAUAACAGCAACACCAACCAUAAUAACCCCAACGGCGUUGGCGCUGGUCCUGGAGGGGCGGGUAUGGGAGCAGGAGUACCAUGGGGAGCUCAACCACCACCACCUCACAGCGGUGGUAGCAUAGGAGGAGGAGGAAUGAUGCCAAACAACAACAGUGGUAACAUGAACAACGUCUGGGCUACGCACUGGUCUGAUCAGAGACAGGGAAGUCUCAGCCAGGAACAGCAGGAUGAGCUGAUGGAUGUGUUGGAGACGGAGGGCAUGGCGGAGAUUGACAUGUUUUUGAAGAUGGAGACUUCGUGA